CCUGGUGCUGUUAGAGCGGCUGUGAACUCAGCCAGUCACAGAGGGCACCAGUGGCUACAGGACUUUGCUGAAGGACCCGAGGCUCCUGAGCAGAGACCCGCGGUGCGGGUUAUGCUGGGGGCUCGGAUCACGUGGACAACUGGACACUCAGGACAGAACCAUGGGAGAUUCGCAGGAGGACUAUGAAGAAGUGCUGGAGGAGAUCCUAGAGCAGGAGGAAUAUGAGGACCCAGGCGUCCCCGUGUUCCAGGUGGAGGAGCCAGAAGCUCUCCCUGCGGAGCCAACAGCCACAGACUACGACCGCAUCCCCACAGCCCCCGGCACCCACGAGGUGUAUGUGGAGCUUCACCAACUGGUGAUGGACGAGAAGAACCAGGAGCUACAAUGGAUGGAGGCAGCGCACUGGAUGCUACUGGAGGAAAACCUGGGGCAGGAUGGGGCCUGGGGUCGCCCGCACCUGUCUUACCUCACCUUCUGGAGCCUCCUGGAGCUGCAGAAAAUCUUUGCCAAGAGUACUGUCCUCCUGGACCUGCAAGAGACCUCCCUGGCCGGGGUGGCCAACCAGCUGCUGGAUAGCUUUAUCUAUGAGGAGCAGAUCCGGCCCGAGGACAGAGAGGAACUUCUCCGGACCCUGCUGCUCAAACACAGCCAUGCCCGAGACCUGGAGUCCCUGGGAGGGGUGAAGCCUGCGGUUCUGAUGCGCUCUGGGGAGCCUUCUCAGCCUCUGCUCUCCCAACAGCCCUCACUAGAGACACAGCUCUUCUGUGAGCAGGGAGAGGCGAGCACAGACGGGCGCUCACCAUCUGGAAUUCUGGAGAAGAUCCCUCCAGGUUCUGAGGCCACCCUGGUGCUAGUGGGCCGCGCUGACUUCCUGCAACAGCCAGUGCUGGGCUUUGUCCGGCUGCAGGAGGCAGUGGAGAUGGAGGCCGUUGACCCCUCCGUGCCUGUGCGCUUUCUCUUUGUGUUGCUGGGACCCAAGCCCUCCUACACCGACUAUAUUCAACUUGGCCGGGCUGCUGCCACCCUCAUAUCAGAAAGGGUGUUCCGCACAGAUGCCUACCUAGCCCAGAGCCGGAGGGAGCUGGUGCUCUCCCUGGAGGGCUUUCUGGAUUGCAGCCUGGUGCUGCCUCCCACAGAUGCCCCGUCCGAGCAGGCCUUGCUCAGCCUGGUGCCUGUGCAGAGGGAGCUGCUCCGGAGACGCUACCUGUCCAGCACUGCCAAGUCGGACCCCAGCUUUUACAAGAACCUAGGCUUGAAUGGGGGCCCAGCAGGCCCUGGGGGCCCAGAUGACCCUCUGCAGCGUACAGGCCGGCUCUUUGGGGGCCUGGUGCGUGACAUCCGGCGCCGCUACCCUCUCUACCUGAGUGAUAUCACAGAUGCACUCAGUCCCCAGGUCCUGGCUGCUGUCAUCUUUAUCUACUUUGCUGCCUUGUCACCUGCCAUCACCUUUGGUGGCCUCCUGGGAGAAAAGACCCGGUACCAGAUGGGGGUGUCGGAACUGCUCAUCUCUACCGCGGUGCAGGGCAUUCUCUUCGCACUCCUGGGGGCUCAGCCCCUGCUUGUGGUUGGCUUCUCAGGACCCCUGCUGGUGUUUGAGGAAUCCUUCUUCUCGUUCUGUGAGAACAAUGGCAUGGAGUACAUCGUGGGCCGCGCCUGGAUCGGCUUCUGGCUCAUCCUGCUGGUGGUGCUGGUGGUGGCUUUCGAGGGCAGCUUCCUGGUGCGCUUCAUCUCCCGCUAUACGCAGGAGAUCUUCUCCUUCCUCAUCUCCCUCAUCUUCAUCUAUGAGACCUUCUCCAAGCUGAUCAAGAUCUUCCAGGAUCACCCUCUGAAAAACUCCUAUGACCCUCCUCUGAUGAUAAAGUCCAAGCCUCAAAAUCCCCUGCCCAACACCGCCCUCUUCUCCCUUGUGCUCAUGGUUGGCACCUUCUCAUUUGCCAUAAUGCUACGCAAGUUCAAGAACAGCUCCUACUUCCCUGGCAAGCUGCGUCGGGUCAUAGGUGACUUCGGGGUUCCCAUCUCCAUCCUCAUCAUGGUCCUGGUGGAUAACUUCGUCAAGGGAACCUACACCCAGAAACUCUCAGUGCCUGAUGGCCUCAAGGUGUCCAACUCCACAGCCCGAGGCUGGAUCAUCCACCCGCUUGGCUUGUACUCCAACUUCCCCAUCUGGAUGAUGUUUGCCUCUGCCCUGCCUGCCCUGCUGGUCUUCAUCCUCAUAUUCCUUGAGUCUCAGAUCACCACGUUGAUUGUCAGCAAGCCGGAGCGCAAGAUGAUAAAGGGCUCCGGUUUUCACCUGGACCUGCUGCUAGUUGUGGGCAUGGGUGGAGUGGCUGCCCUUUUUGGGAUGCCCUGGCUCAGUGCCACCACAGUGCGUUCAGUCACCCAUGCCAACGCCCUUACCGUCAUGGGUAAGGCCAGCACGCCAGGGGCCACAGCCCAGAUCCAGGAGGUCAAGGAGCAGAGGAUCAGCGGGUUACUGGUCUCGGUGCUUGUGGGCUUGUCCAUCUUCAUGGAGCCCAUCCUGUCCCGCAUCCCCCUGGCUGUGCUGUUUGGCAUCUUCCUCUACAUGGGGGUCACAUCCCUCAGUGGCAUCCAGCUGUUUGAUCGCAUCUUGCUUCUGUGCAAGCCUCCCAAGUACCACCCGGAUGUGCCCUUCGUCAAGCGGGUGAGAACUUGGCGCAUGCACAUGUUCACUGGCAUCCAGAUCAUCUGCCUGGCAGUGCUGUGGGCGGUGAAGUCCACCCCUGCCUCGCUGGCCCUGCCCUUCAUCCUCAUCCUCACUGUGCCCCUGAGGCGCCUCCUGCUGCCCCUCAUCUUCAGCAAGCUGGAGCUCCAGUGUCUGGAUGCUGAUGACUCCAAGGUGACCUUUGACGAAGAGGAAGGUCGAGACGAAUAUGACGAGGUGCCCAUGCCUGUGUGAGAGGCAGGCCCAGGCCCAGACCCCCCGCAACCAUUCCAUGUCUCCGCCCUCUCCGGGAGAGCAGAAGUCAUGGACUGAGGCUGUGGGUGGGGAGGGAGGAGGUACCUAGGAAACCAUCUACAAAAGCUACACUGGCUUUUCUGGCUGGAGAUGGCCAGGAGGCCCACAUCAGGGAAUUUGGUCAACAGUCUCUCUUGCUGCCACAUGGCCCAUGGGGGUCCACACAUGCUGGAAGAUUUAGGUCUGAGCCCCCCUCUUCAUAGCACAGAUGUGGGCAGUAGCACAGAUGGGAGGUUGCGGGGGUUUCAGAUUCCUGCUGGCUGGCUGUGUGACCUUAGACAGGUCCCUUGACCUCUCCAGCCUCUGCUUCCUCUUCUGUAAAAAGGGUACAUUCAUAAUAAUCCCCAUGUUAUAGUCUGACUUAUCCCUUCCCCUCCCUGUCCCAGCCCCACCCUGAGACCCUCUUCUCUGGGACCAGAGAGGUGUCCUGGUGAGGGUGCAGGUGAGCUCCGGGGAAAGCCUGGGCUGGGGACUCCUAGGUGCUCACUCCCUCCCAAGUGCUCCUUCAUUCACUGCACACACAUUUACCGAGGGCCUGGACCCUGUGGACGCUGCAGAGUCUGAGACAAGACCCU